AUGUCGUCCGAGCUCCCCGACGGCUAUGCCACGCAGGAGGUCAACCACCUCACCCUCGCCUACUUCUCCGUCGCCGGCCUCUCCCUCCUCCGGGAGCUCGACCGGAUGUGGCUGUCCUCUGUUCAUAGCUUUGGAUCUCGCGUGGGUGUACUGAUUAUACUAGGAGAUUCUGCCCCUAAGCCGCUCCCAACUCAGGUCAUCAAGGAUGCUAUCGUUAAUUUUCAUUGGAUAGCAGAUGCCAGAGUCCAGUUUAAUUUUGAUAGCGACGGUGCCGCUGCACUUGUGCUAGUCAGUGGGGAGAAAGCUAGAACCUUGGUCUUCAAGUUCUUGCAAGGACCAGAGGGUAUGCUGGUGGCUGACUACGACAACCUGGUGGGCGUCAUGCUCUUCAACCACUUAGAGGUGGACUUCGACGUGAAGCCCAGCGACCGCACCGCCCGGAUGAUCGUCCAUGUGAUCACGAUGCCGGAUGUCGGAGAGGUGGAGGACCUCGACGCCAUCUUUCGGGGUGAGGGAGGAUUCGGGUCCUCCGGCGUCUGA